GUGCGAUUGCGGCAGUUACGAACGACUUGCGACGGAAGCAAAGUCCUUUUUGUCGAUCGUAUUCCGGUGGCUGCAGCUUGGUUCUUUUCAGCACGGCCGGUAGUUGCUGAACUGGAGGCCGUGCGCAAUAGGACUAGAAUCUUCGCCUCGCGUCCCGUCCUUUCUCCAACCUUUCAUUCAUCGCCUGAAGACUCUUCCACGGUGGAACUCAAGCCAAAUACCACUCCAAUCCUCUAACCAACUACCAUGACAAUAACAACGGCCCACGACUUAUGUUGCGAAAAUAUCAACAUCGCGACCCCCUCCCCCCCGCUCCCCGACAGCGACGGUUUCGAUCCGGUAGAUACGACUUCCUCCAACAUUCGUCGAGUUGCCACGGUCGGUUGUGGCGAAAAGGGCCGGUUCUUGUCGGAUAAUCCACGAAUGAACCAUCAACAAUUCGAAAAGUCACCAUCAGCCGUGUCGCGUCCGAUUCCGAUGUCCGAUUCCGAUGUCCGAUUCCGUUUGUUGUGCGGGAAGGACUACAUAACCCGGAAGCUUUUACAGCCAAAGCAGCCCAUGUUUCGGCCAGUGUCAACGACGCCGAUGCGAGGGACGGUUGUUCGACAGUCCACCUCCACCUCUGCCACUACCACCAUUGCCCGGCCAUCACCACCAUUGUCCGGCCACCCCAGCCAUAGCCACACAGCUCAUGCGAAUCUUACCAUUGGCCCACACAACUUUUUCCGGAACACAGCGGAAACAUGGAAGAUACCAUCGCUAACCACGUGGGAGACAGCAUGCGCAUCCCUUCUAGUCAUUCGCGGCCCGUUGAUUUGUGUCGGCUUCCUGGAAACACGAGACCUUGGUGUCCAUGGCCGGUAUUAACCUGUGUUCCCUACCAUUAAUGUCCACCAAUCACAGUACGGAAACGGAAGCC